UCUGGAGAAGCAGAAACCACUUCUACUCGCAUAUCCAUGAUACACCUUUAUUUUUGAAUAAUCUCCCUCUUCGUUUUGAUUAAAGAGAAAGACGUUCUUAAAAAAUCACUUUAUAGUCCCUAAUUUUCCUCUCGUUAAUCAAUCAUUAAAUUAAUAAUUCUUUAGUUUAAGUCUCGAUCUUAUCUGUCUCUCAUUCCCUGUCUGCAUUUAGUGAACCCUCGUUUCACACUCUACCUCACAUUUCCUCUGUAAAAUUCUUUUCUUGUCUCUUCAGUCUCACUUUCCCAUCUCUUCAUCAGAGACACAGAGACAGAAGAAAAAAAACAAAACCCUAACCCUAAUUUAUUCAAAAAUAAUUUCACAGUACUCGAAGAAAGGAGACAAAUUGGAGAUUUUUCUCACCCUUCGAGUUAAGUGGCUGGUUUUUUCCUAGAUCUGUUUCAGUUUCAAAUUCAUUUUUGGUCAAUUUUUUGUUGAAUGCAUGUCAUUUUAGGAAAUGGGGUCUUGACAAAUUUUAAGAUUAAGUUUGUUUUCAUGGAAAUUAUUGUUGAUGUAGGGAUGUGUUGUUUGAGUAAUGCUGAGAAGAAGAUUGAUAUUUCCGAGGAGAUUUGUGAACUUUCGCCGGUUCAGGGGAAGAUUGAAGUGAUUUUUGGCAGUUACAGUCGCCGGGGCACUCACCGGAGUUGAGUGAGUGAUUAUAGGUUGGUGAAGCAAAAGAAUGGUGUGGAGGUAUUGAGCAUUGUGUGUUUGGUUGUUUGUCGCUUAAAGAGUAGUGGUGGUGGUGGUGGAAACUAAGUUUGUGAGAAAUGGGGGUUGACAAAAACAGUUCAAAGAGUGGUGGUGGUGGAGGAUAUGUCGGUGGGUUUCUUCAGUUGUUUGAUUGGAACGGUAAGUCGCGGAAGAAGCUACUUGCAAAGUCACAAGAGGGUGCAAAACAAGGGAAGAGAAAUGUUGCGAAUUUGCCAACAUCAAGGUUUCGCCUGAUGGACGAGGACGAAAAUGGGGCUUCGAGUAUUAGAGGAAGUAGUGAUUAUAGCUGUGCCUCUUCAGUGACUGAUGAGGAUGGGAAUGUGACCAAGGCACCUGGGGUGGUAGCGAGGCUUAUGGGACUGGAUUCUUUGCCAACUUCUAGUGCUGCAGAACCAUAUUCAACCCCUUUCUGUGAUACUCGUUCUCUUGGAGAGUCUCCCAGCUACAGGGAAACUGAAUAUUACAGUGGAAGCCGGCAGACAAUGAAUUCUGAAUAUCAACCUACUAUAUCGGGUGAUCCUGGUAGAUAUGCUGUAGAAUCAAGGCUUCAGAGAUUGCAUCGACGGCCAAUUGAGAGGUUCCAAACUGAAACGUUACCUCCAAAACUAGCCAAAUCGAUUCCGAUUACCCAUAAUAAGCAUUUAUCUCCGAUCAAAAACCCCGAGUUCAUCUCGUCUAAGAAUGUUGCCCACAUAAUGGAAGCAGCUGCCAAGAUUAUAGAACCAGCGCGUCAACCAAGUGUAAAAGGAAGAGGGGUUUCAGUUGGAUCAUCAUCAGGUCCCUUGCAAGUCAGGGAUUCGAAAGAGAAAAUGGAAGCUGCACAGAGACCCCGCAGGUUGAAUGGAGCAUCUCACAAGUCGGUGGAGUCCAAUGCCGCUAAGUUUCUUAAAGGACAGUCUAUGAACAAGAGCUGGAAUGGAUCAGAAGAACCCAACAGGUUCAGGGCGUCAUCGGAGUCAGACGGAAGUUAUUCUGUUGGUUCAAGGAAUAAAGGGAAAUCUGUUUCUCUUGCAGUCCAAGCGAAAGUCAAUAUUCAGCAAAGAGAAAGUUUUGGUAGUGGGAAUAGGAGUAAGAGUUUAAAUGGCCCGAAGGAAUCCCAGGACGUAAAGUCAAACCAGUUGCAGAGAAGCCGCUCGAGUGUUCAAAAGACAAUGCAGAAGAAGCCCUCUCCUCAGAAUUCAUCUACUGUGCUUAGACAAAAUAACCAGAAACAAAAUUCCGCAGUGACUAGAGACAAAUUACCUUCCAAACCUGCUUCUAAUUUGCAAGGCAGAAGAAUUGUUUCAGUAGAUGGCCGCAAUAGAUCUAUAACUAACGUAGCAGCACAGUCCAAAGUUGGUUCCAAGAAAAGUGGUGCUGAGUUGACAGAAAUGGAAAAGGAAACCUCAUCGUCGGAAACAAUGAAUUUACCGAGAAAGAAGCGGUAUAUGGAUAGCCAUUUUGAGAGACGUGCUGGUGUCGUCCGUAAUGUUUUAGCCGCAAAAGAUGAAAGGCCAGUUCAACGUGGUAUGCCAGAUAGCAGAACGAAGGGGAUGGAUGUUAUAUCCUUUACAUUUACCUCCCCCAUGAUAAAGUCUACACCUGGAUCUCAAACAUCUAGUCCAAUUGUGGAUAAAGCAAAGAGCUAUGCCCUAGACUCUUACGAUGAUAAAUGUAACACCAGAAGUUCGAAAUUAUCGAAUAUGGGUUUAAAUGUGAUAGGUGGAGACUCUUUAAGUGUUCUUUUGGAAAGGAAGCUUAUGGAGUUAACCUAUGGAGUUGAAUCUUCGUCAACUUCUACAUCUAUUCUCGAAGAUUUGGUCUCUGCUCUUAGUGCAGCUGAAACAACACCAAGAGAAUGUGAUAAGAGGUCCCAUCUUGGAAUGCAAAUGGGCACAUUGCAUAUGAAUGAUUCACUCAACGAGGGAGUGGAAGAGAUGGACAUGGUUAGCAGCCACAGUAGGAAAGGCAGAAAGGAACUUGAAUGUCAACAUCCCAGUCCAAUGUCGAUUCUUGAUCCCACAUUUUCUUAUGAUAGUUCCAACUCUUCAGGUGUCAUGGAGAAUAACAAUGCUAGCGGCUGCAAGCAAUCCUCAUUCAUUCAAACCCAACAAGCAGUUGAUUCUAUGAGGUUCCCUUUGACAGAUGACGACGCAGAAUUGUCCGAUUCUGCGUCUUCCACAUUCAUGAUAGCAACUGGCAACAAAAAGGUUGCAAAUCUAAUCAUCGGAGACCAACAAGAAUCUAAUAAACAUGAAGAGCUGGGUUACAUACAGGAGAUUAUAUGCAACGCAGAACUGGUGUUUAAGGAUUUCAUGUCGGGUCAGACUAAUGAGAUUAUAAAGCCUGGUCUCUUUGAGCAGUUAGAAAUUCAGAUCACAUGUUCUAUUACAGAUACAAAUGAAAAGAACUCUACACAAAGAAGGAUGGUGUUGUUUGAUUGUGUCAAGGAAUCUCUGGAUCUGAAAUGCAAACGGUUAACAAGUGGGGGUUCGAAGAUGUGGGGAAAAGGUGCGUUGAUGUUUGUAAACAGAGAAUGGUUGGUAGAGGAUAUUUAUAAGGAAAUAUCAGGCUGGGAAAGUAUGAUAGACUGGAUGAUGGAUGAGCUUGUUGAUAAAGAUAUGAGUACUCAAUACGGGAAAUGGCUUAAUUAUGAAACCCAAGAAUUUGAAGUUGGAGUAGAGGUUGAGAACUCCAUUGUUAGUUCUUUGAUCGACGAAAUUGUAGCUGAUAUAUUGUUGUUCUGAGGUAAUUUUGUUUAUUCUUCCACUGUAAGUCAUUUUCAACAUGGAAUUGUCUUUUUCAUGAGUAAGAAAUUCUGGUGAAUUCAAAAGCUUAUCAUAAUUUUACGAAGCUAGGGGACAACUGAUCUAUUGAAACAACAGUUACGAUUUUGGUUAUCGACUUCAGGUAAUUUAUAUCAUCAUUCAACGAUU